AUGGCUCCUACCGCGUCACCAAACCCACGUCGAAUCACGAGGAGCCAAAGCCGAGAUGUUGAUAAUGUCCUACCUUCCAAAAGUGCCAUGGGCACUGGAGUGUCUUUUGGGCGCAACUGGCUGAGCCGCCUCCCAGAAGAGCCUUUGACAAGUUCCCCGAGGAAUCCCACACCCAGUCGUCGGGAAGUUGUACCUGAGUCGCCGGAGAAUCAUGAAGGUCACACUAAUGUCUCCGGUACAACCUUGGGCCCCAAUGAUCUGGAGCCCAAUAAUGCUCACGUCGCCGAUGAGAUCGCAAGACAGCUGCCUCAUGUCCAACAAGAAGCGAUAAAUGUCCUGGGACUGAUUAUCCCCCAGGAUUUGAUGCCGAGUAUUCUUGCAGAGGAGGCUAAAAGACUCGCUGAUCACACCAACCCGAAUCGCAAACGCCUCAGGCGUUUCGUUGAAGGCAUGAAAGACGAAUUGAGCGACUUGCCUCUUGUCCGCCAAGGCAGGACAUUUCUAGACAUCUCCGAAUUCCGUCAACGGCUUUCACCCGCUCAGCUGGAGGGAUCCCUUCCAAGCCUAUAUCUCACCAACUGUGCUCUGUUGGCCCUAAACAUGUUUCUUCCAAGCCUCGGCACCGAGGACAAGUCGCAAGUCAUCCAAGAGCUGGAUGCUCAGUUUCCUGCGUGCUUCGUGGACCGCCUUGCGGACGGAACCACCGUUGGCGCAGUCGGAGCAACCGAGCUUAAGCAGGAGACAUUCGAUCUCGCUCUAAGCAUUCGAACCCAAUUCUUCAUAAUGGAGCUGGAAAGGCGUCGUGAGUUCAGAGACUUUGAUCCAAUCGCUAUCUUGCGACAGAUAUUCUGCAUGGACCUUAUACCUGGUGAAAAUGACAACCAAGAAACACCUACCUCCUUCAGGGGCUUUAACUUGCCUGAUGUCCUGCAGGAUGAGGAUGGGCAUCUUCCUGAGACUCUGCCCGAAAAGUUUCAACAAGCCGUGUAUGAGAGAUUCGGCGACCUUCGCGAUGAAAUCUGCGAUGAUGGUGUCGACAGUUUGAAAAGGUUGUACAAACUGCGCUUCUUCGAGCGGGAGCUUGCACGCUGGAUCCAAGGGCGUGACAAGGAGAUCAAGGAAGACCUGAAGCGUCUUUCAGAUGACCAGGCGACAAGAGCGUCUUCACGUCGCUUGGCUUCAGCCUCGGUCGGCCCGGCCAACCUGCGUCAAGGUUCGGUGUUGUCUACACCCCAGAAAGGCCGUGCCCUAGAACCACGUAUCCAGCAAUCCCGGUCGCUCCAAAGGGUACGCACUGUGGAACCGGCUCCGGUUGUUGACCACGAACCCGAGGUCCAGGCUUCCCAGCCACGGGCCACACCUCAAAAGUCUUCCGAACAAGUUGCCCGCGCUCAGGCACAACCUACUAGGAUGGAACCUGAAAGACGGAAGUCCAAGAGCCAUUAUCGAAACUCGUCCUCCAUGGCAGCUCUCAAGAACCGCAUGGAUAACAGCCGUCAACAAGAUUUGUCUGUCCUUGAGUCGCAGGCACCAAAUCGUUUUCUGGAUGCAGGAACCACGAACCACAGGGACCUUCCCGGACCCUCGACUUUUAAUCAAGAGUUCCCCGAGCGCGAGAUUCAGCAAUUACCGGACCUCACAUAUCCUAGCCUUGCGGAAGACUCCACGUUGCAUAACAACGACGAGGAACUGGAUCUCAGCCGGGAACAAGAAAGUGGAAUCAUGGCCUCGACCAGCCCCUCGGCCUCUGCGAGGAUUAAUCGGGUCAGCCAUAACCCAGGCCGAUGGUUCGAUUCGCCAGGCGAUGAAAGCACGCAGCGAAUAGCCACAGGAAGACCACCCGCUAGAAACACUCUGCCCGCAGGUCCUCGGUUCAUUGAUGCCCAGGAGAGUCGUGCCCAAGUGUCGCCAAUCAGCUCCGUUUAUGUCCAGAGCGCAGAGAGACAACACUCAGUGCCAAGUGACGCCAACCAGAAGAAGCGAGCUCGACGCACCUCCUACUCUAGUGACUUCUCUGAUGAUGCUGCUUUCGAAGAAGAUGACCGCGAUGUCGAUCGCAGGGCCGAAAAACCCCAGCAAAACUUCCCUGUGGCAAAGAAACAGCGUACUGAGGCUAGCACGAGGUCCGAAAGCGCGGCUCAGCAGCUCCAAUCAAGCUUGAAUGAGACCAGCCAAUCCCAGCAACCCUCUGCUGUAGCAGCUCCAGUAAAUGAAAGCCAGGCCGAUACCACCCCUGAAAAGAGUGCCAGUACAUCGCGUUGGGAGGCCCAGCUUAACCGGCACUCUGGCGGUUACACUCGCAAGGCCAAUAACCGGUGGACUGAGGUGGAGGACGAGCGUUUGCUCCAACUCAUGGCUAAGUUCGGCUCCUCAUACGCGAAAAUUCAGAAGCACGACAACUUGUGUCCUGCGACUGCGGGCGGGCCGAAGCUCGAGUCCCGUAGUCAGGUGAACCUGAAGGACCGUGCGCGCAAUUUGCGUCGCAAGUUCACCCGAGAGGGACGAGAGCUUCCUCCGGGGCUGGAGCACGCCCCCAAGUAG